CUUUUCUUGCCAAGGCUCUCAUGACAGCUUCCAUCUAUUUCAAGAGACAAUCUUUGCGAUUUACAAAGCCAGACCACUUACCACGCGCCGACGACAAUUCAUCAUCCAUCUCAUCUUCCUCGGCUCCAAGCGCCCCUGUUCAACCAUCUCAACCCCAUGCAAUUGACCGUACCCACGACUCGCACUCCAACUUGACGAACCACGACGACACCGUCAGCCCGUCCCAGCGCAACAAGCAACACAAAGCACAAUGGACGGCACCAGCACAAACGAACAAGCCCACUCCACCACGCGGCGCUACAAAUCCCCCUCGGAACUCUCCCGCGCAGCCUCCCCGCCAACCACCCGAAAGACGGCGCACAUAACCGCAACCUCGACAACGCACACCGCCUACGCGUCUCCCCCGCCCGCGCCCACCACCACACACAACAACCGACGACGACAGCGCAACUCCCCGCACCUGCCCACCCCGACCGAGCUCGCCCUCCUGUCGCUCUACCCGGCCAUCCUGGCCUUCGGCACGCUCUACGCGGCGCUCUCCCCGGAGACGCGCGGCGCGCCGUAUUCCGAGGGCGGCCACGUGCACUUCGCGCAGGACCCGGGCCUGGCGCCGUCGUACUUUGCGCGCAAGGACAACUGGCUGAAUGUGCUGUUCGUGAAGCGGGGCUGGGCGUGGAUCACGGGCGCGUUCCUCGUCUUUGUGGGGACACAUCCCGCUUUUAGAAUCAGAGUCAGAGGAGGAGAAGGAGGGGAUGGAGGGUGGAAUAUGAAACGGGUCGGCGGGGCGCUGAUGCGAUGGGGGAUGGUUACUGCGUGGUGGGUGUUUGUGACGCAGUGGUUCUUUGGUCCGCCGAUCAUUGACCGCGGUUUUCGCUGGACCGGGGGGAAAUGUGAGGUUGUCGAGACGCAGGUCACCAAGGGGGAGGGCAGUGUCGGGGAUAUAUUUACUGCUGCUGCGUGCAGGAGUGCCGGGGGUAGCUGGAGAGGGGGCCAUGAUAUCAGCGGGCACGUAUUUUUGCUAGUGCUGGGGAGCUAUUUCCUGGUGCAGGAAGUGGGAUGGGUCGCUGCUAGGUGGGCGCGGUAUCUUGGCGAGGAGCGGUCUGUGGUCAUGCAUGAUGGCGCGGUCAAAGGGGCACAGAUUGAGAUGGAGAGGAGGGACAGGCAGGAGGAGGACGACGUGCGGGAGCUGACGGUCCUGGAGGCACUGGGCCACGGAGGCACGCUGGUGGCGGCGGUGGUUGUGCUGUGCGGAUGGAUGCUGCUUAUGACGGCGAUCUACUUCCACACAUGGUUCGAGAAACUCACGGGGCUCCUGGUUGCCUCCGCCGGACUCUACUUCACCUAUUCGCAGGUCUGCCUCUUUCCUCCUGCAACAUCAGACCACACGCAGUUCGACACCAUGAUAGCGCCGACCGACGGCAUGGCGCCGGUCAGGGUCCCCGCCAACCUCCCCGAGCUCGUCAGGACAGCGUUCAACCGCGCGCGCGUCAACGGCGACGUGCAUUUCUUCGAGACCCAAGUCACGUUGGUCAAUGUCAACUCGGUGCCGUUUCAACUCCGUUUCUCCCCGGCGCUUGCCAACAAACCCAAAGAAGCCCACCCCCCUCCGGCGCCCUCCCACCCCUCAGUAAAGCCCUUCUUCGACCCCUUCGACAACCCGGCCGAGGCGAUGCUGAUCGCCCCGCUCCCGCCGGCCCACAACCUCGUCCUGAACAAGUUCGCCAUCAUCCCCGAGCACUUCAUCCUCGCCACGCAGGCGUUCCAGGAGCAGACCGACCUGCUCGACAAAGCCGACCUCGACGCGGCAUACGCUUGCAUCGAGGCGUACCACCAGUACCACACCCAUUCUCCAGAUGGGGAACCAGAACAAGAGAAGGGGGAGGGGACGGGGAAGAAGAAGAAGAAGAAGAGGGACGGCGAGUUAUUCGUGUUCUACAACUCCGGCCCGGCCUCGGGAUCAAGCCAGCCCCAUCGCCACCUGCAACUGCUGCCCAUGUCGCGCAUGCGGGAGGGCCUGAGCGAGGACGAGAACGACGCGUGGGAGGUGCUGGCCGAGUCGUUGCUACGCCGGGAAGAGGUCCGGCAGCGCGUGCCGUUUCAGACCUUCGUGGAGCGCAUCGUGCCUGGGGCGGGGACGGAUCUGAGUGCGGUGUAUCGAAGGCUGUAUCGGAGGGCCGUGAAGGCAGUUUUGGGUCCCGAUGCUGCUUCUGAGGAUGACGAUGUGGAUGGGACGGGGGCGAAGAUAGACUAUAACCUCGCAAUGACCCGGGAUGCGAUGGUGAUUGCGCCGCGGGUGGCGGAGGGGGAGUUGAUUACUAUUAGUGGUGUGGGGGAGGAUAAGGGACGGCGCAAAGACGUGGGGAAGAUCGCGCUGAAUGGGACAGUGUUGGCCGGCACGGCGCUGGUGAAGCACCAGGCCGAGUGGGAUGCGUUGCGCGUGGAGCCGGAGCAGUUGCUGCAGCUGCUCGGGAGGAUCGGGGUGCCGACGGUGCAUGCGCCAGAGCCUCAGGGUAUGUGAACAGAGGCGAAUCAUGGAUAUAGAUAGCAGGUUCAUGUUCUUGGAUAAAUAAACGGAGCUUUGGUAAUUUCGGUUUUACUGGAGUCAUCAAGGCAAGCAGC